UCAGUGCGUCCUGGGACACCGUCAGUGACUCUUUAGGGAGCGCGCAGGAGGAUGUACUCAGCCCUGUAGGACGUCUUAUUUUCGUCAAACUUCCCUCUGCGAGUGAUGCUCCUGUAGGAAGACAGUUGCAAGAGUUGCAAAAUGGCCGAUAAAGACAGCGUGGAGAAGUAUCUGGAGAACAACCCGCAGUUCGCCAAAGAGUACUUCGACAAGAAGCUGCGGGCGGAAGCCUUGUCCGCCGCUUUCUCCGCCGCCGUCCAGGUGACGGACGCCGCCUCCUUCAAGGAUGUCAACUCGGUGCAAGAGUCCGCCAUCAUCUUCGAGCUGGUGCAGGAGAUGCAGAAGCAGGGCGCGGUGGAGCAGUCCAUCCACAAGGUGCUGCAGAGGCUGGCCCUCAUCCUGCAAGCCGACAGGGUCAGCUACUACCAGUGCCGCUCCAGGAACGGCGUGCCCGAGCUCGCCUCUUGCCUCUUUGACGUGAACCCGACGUCCAAAUACGAGGCCAACUUGGUCCACCCCCAGGCUGAGAUCGUGAUCCCCCUGGAGAUGGGCAUCGUCGGAUUCACCGCAAAUUGCAAAAAGCCCCAAAAUGUCCCCGAUGUGUCUCAGAAUAAAAAGUUCUGCGACUUUGUGGACAAGCAGACGGGCUACAAGACCAAAUGCAUGCUCACCUUCCCGCUGGUGGCCGACAAAGAGUGCCUUGGGGUCGUCACGGCGCUCAACAAGAUCGGUGCGGCUCACUUCACCCCGGAAGAUGAAGCGCUCUUCCACAAGUACAUGACCUUUGCUCAAGUCAUCGCCCUGCAGCAUCACACCAACUACAUGUUCAACGUGGAGUCCAGAAGGAGUCAGGUACUGCUUUGGUCCGCUAGUAAAGUUUUUGAAGAGUUGACAGACAUCGAGAGACAGUUCCACAAAGCUCUCUACACCGUGAGGACAUACCUGCUGUGUGAAAGAUACUCAGUGGGCCUCUUGGACAUGACCAAGGAGAAGGAAUUCUAUGACGAAUGGCCGGUGAAACUUGGAGACGUGGAACCUUAUAAAGGACCUAAAACGCCAGAUGGAAGGGAAAUCAUCUUUUAUAAAAUAAUCGACUACCUCCUGGAGGGCAAAGAGGAAAUCAAAGUCAUACCUGGUCCUCCAGCAGAUCAUUGGGCUCUGGUUAGCGGACUACCGACCUACGUGGCAGAGAACGGCUUUAUUUGUAACAUGAUGAAUGUGGCUGCAGAUGAUUUCUUCACUUUUCAGAAAGAGGCAGUGGAUGAGACAGGUUUUGUCAUCAAAAACUGCCUGUCGCUGCCCAUCGUCAACAAGAAAGAAGAAAUAGUGGGCAUCGCCACUUUCUUCAACAGGAAAGACGGCAAGCCCUUCGACGAAUACGAUGAGCAAAUCACAGAGGCCCUGACCCAGUUCCUGGGCUGGUCCGUCCUCAACUGUGACACCUACGACAGGCUCAACCGUAUGGAGUACAGGAAAGACAUCGCCCAGGAGAUGCUCAUGUACCAGGGCAGGUGUACGAACACCGAACUACAGUCCAUCUUGAACACCAAGGAAAAGUUUGAUAGUGAGCCCGAAGACUGUGACCAGAAAGAAAUGUACAAACUAUUGAGAGGAACGUGCCCGCCAGCCGACAACGUCAAUGGCGAGAACCUGUACAACUUCGGCUUCAGCGAUUUCCCCGUGUCCGAGUUCGACCUCAUCAAAGCCGGCAUUCGAAUGUUCUUUGAACUCGGGGUGAUUGAAAAGUUCAAAGUUCCAGCAGAGACGCUGACUCGCUGGAUGUACACGGUGAGGAAGGGCUACCGGGACAUCACCUACCAUAACUGGCGGCACGGCUUCAACGUGGGCCACACCAUGUUCUGCCUGCUUCAGACAGGCAAGCUGAGGAAGUAUUAUUCCGAUCUGGAUGCCUUUGCCAUGGUAGCUGCCGCCUUCUGUCACGAUAUCGACCACAGAGGCACCAACAACCUCUACCAGACAAAGAGUGCGUCUCCUCUUGCCAGACUUCAUGGCUCGUCGAUCAUGGAGAGACACCACUUGGAGUACAGCAAGACCCUCAUGGCCGAGGAGAACCUGAACAUCUUCUGCAACCUUCAGAAGCGGCAGUUUGAGACCGUACAGCACCUGUUUGACGUCUGCAUCAUUGCCACCGACCUGGCGCUCUACUUCAAAAAGAGAACCAUGUUCCAGAACAUUGUGAACGCCACCGAGCCAAUGACGGAUGAAAAGGAAUCCGUGGCCUACAUUUCCAACAACCCCACCAGAAAGGAGGUUAUCAUGGCUAUGAUGAUGACCGGCUGCGACCUGUCAGCCAUCACCAAACCCUGGGAAGUGCAGAGCAAGGUGGCGCUGAUGGUCGCCGCCGAAUUCUGGGAACAGGGAGAUCUGGAGAGAUCGGUUUUGGACCAGCAACCAAUUCCCAUGAUGGACAGAAACUGCGCCGAGCAGCUACCCAAGAUGCAGUGCGGUUUCAUUGACUUUGUGUGCUCGUUUGUGUACAAGGAGUUCGCCAGGUUCCACAAGGAGAUCCAGCCCAUGUUUGACGGCCUCAACAACAACCGCUCGCACUGGAACGAGCUGGCCGAGGUGUACAACGCCAAGAUGAAAGCCAUCGAGGACGAGAAGAAGAAACUGGAGGAGGAAGAAGCCAGGAAAGCGGGCGGCGGCGGCGAAGGGAAGUCAAAAACGUGCGUCGUCUGCUAACUUCCUCCUCCUGGCGCUUGGAUAUGAACUGUUGAGCCUCCUGCUUGGAUCUAUAGCACUUCCCGGUUAGGUCCAGUCCAACCUAGACCACUGUUAGUCUCUUAGACCUGCCUGAGCACGGAAUAUUCACGCACGACGAAGAACAAUGUGGAAAUUCUUGAAGACAUGUUGGACGAUGGAAUGUUUCCACUUCUUCAGACAUGAUCCACGGACGCUAAACCCCGCCCACAACUCCUCAUGUCAUGUUGCUAGCCAGUUACGCAUUGUCUAGUUGCACUUAGCUGCUGAUGUUUGAGCAGCGCCCAAUGGAUGCAGGCUGCGCUCAUUAGAAUGCAAACCUCAAAACCAGUGAAGUUGGCACGUUGCGUAAAUGGUAAAUAAAAACAGAAGACAAUGAUUUGCAAAUAUUCAAUUGAAUAGACUGCAAAGACAAGAUAUUUAAUGUUCCAACUGUUUUUGCAAAUAAUUAUUAACUUUGAAUUUAAUGGCAGCAACACAUUACAAAAAAGUUGGCACUGGAGCAUUUUUACCAUUGUGUUACAUGGCCUUUCCUUUUAAUAACACUCAGUAAAGGUUUGGGAGCUGAGGAGACAAAAUUUUUGAAGCUUUUAAGGUGGAAUUCUUUCCGAUUCUUGCUUGAGUUGUUUAACAGUCCGGAAUCUCCCUUGUGGGAUUUUACGCUUCAUAUUGCACCACACAUUUUCAAUGGGAGACUUGUCUGGACUACAGGCAGGCCAGUCUAGUACCCGCACUCUUUUACUAUGAAGCCACGCUGUUGUAACACGUGGUUUGGCAUUGUCUUGCUGAAAUAAGCAGGGGCGUCCAUAAUAAUGUUGCUUGGAUGGCAACAUAUGUUGCUCCAAAACCUGAAUGUACCUUUCAGCAUUAAUGGUGCCUUCACAGAUGUGUAAGUUACCCAUGCCUUGGGCACUAAUACACUCCCAUACCAUCACAGAUGCUGGCUUUUGAACAUUGCGCCUAGAACAACCCGGAAUGUUCUUUUCCUCUUUGUUUCGGAGGACACGACGUCCACAGUUUCGAAAAACAAUUUGAAAUGUGGACUCGUCAGAUCGUGGAACACUUUUCCACUUUGCAUCAGUCCAUCUUAGAUGAGCUCGGGCCCAGCGAAGCCGGCAGCUUUUCUGGGUGUUGUUGAUAAAUGCCUUUGCUUUGCAUACUAGAGUUUUAAGUUGCACUUUCAGAUAGAGCAACAAACUGUAGUUACCGCCAGUGGUUUUCUGAAGUGUUCCUGAGCCCAUAUGGUGAUAUCCUUUACACGCUGAUGUCACUUCUUAAUGCAGUACCGCCUGAGGGAUCCAAGGUCGCGGGCGUUCAAUGCUAUGUACAGUGAUUUCUCCAGAUUCUCUGAAGCUUUUGAUGAUAUCACGGACCGUAGAUGGUGAAGUCCCUAAAUUCCUUGCAAUAGCUUGUUGAGAAAUGUUGUUCUCAAAACUGUUUGACAAUUUGCUCACGCAUUUGUUCAAAAAGUGGUGACCCUCGCCUCAUCCUUGUUUGUGAAUGGCUGAGCAUUUCAUGAUUUUAUACACAAUCAUGGUACCCACCUGUUCCCAAUUACCCUGCGGGAUGUUCCAAAUAAGUGUCUGAUGAGCAUUCCUCAGUCUUUUUUUUCCACUUUUGUCAGCUUUUUUUAAAUAUGUUGCAGGCAUUAAAUUCCAAAUGAGCUAAUAUUUGCAAAAAAUAAGAACGUUUACCAGUUCGUAGGUUAAGUAUCUUGUCUUUGCAGUCUGUUCAAUUGAAUAUAAGUUGAAAAGGAUUUGCAAAUCAUUGUAUUCUGUUUUUAUUUAACAUUUACACAACGUGCCAACUUCGCUGGUUUUGGGUUUUGUAAUAAAAAUUGGAAAUUUAAAAGUACAUCUUUGGGGCGGUUUAGCUCGGUUGGUAGAGUGGCCGUGCCAGCAACUUGAGGGUUGCAGGUUCGAUUCCCGCUUCCGUCAUCCUAGUCACUGCUGUUGUGUCCUUGGGCAAGACACUUUACCCACCUGCUCCCAGCGCCACCCACACUGGUUUGAAUGUAACUUAGAUAUUGGGUUUCACUAUGUAAAGCGCUUUGAGUCACUAGAGAAAAAAGCGCUAUAUAAAUAUAAUUCACUUCACUUCAUAAGAGAAAAGUCGGAAUUUUGUUAAAAAAAAAUAAUUUAACUUUAUGAGGUACAGCAAAUCUAAUUUCUUUAACUAAAGUGGUGAUUUUACACGACUGACAUCCGGAAUCUUACAAAAAUACCUUUUUGAAGAUUACGAGAAAAAAUCAUGAUUGGUAAAACAAAUGUAAAAGUGGCAUGGGAAAAGCAAAAAAGUUGAAAAUUAAUUCACAAUAUCUUUAGAAAACCAUUUUAUUAUAAACAAUGUUGCAGUACGAGAAAAAUGAUAUUUGGAAAACUAUGAGACAAAUCUUGUAAAUUUGUGAGCUUGAUAAGAACUACAGGAAAACUUUUUUGAACUUUUCUCUACAAAAAAAUCUGAAUAUUCCAAAAAGGCUUAACAGGACAUUUGUAAAUGAUAUUUUGAGUUAUUUUAUGAGAAUAAAACAAAAGCAGCUUCACGAGACAAUCGUAAAUUACUUGAAGUGUCAUGAUUCAAUGACAAAAAGUUGUAAUAUAUUAUAAAAUAAUACAAACAUUUUAUAGAGACAGAAAAGUUGACUAUUUUGUAAUAUUAAGGAGAAAUGUGUAAUAUUUGGAGAAAGUCGACGAGAUAAAUGAGCAGAAAUUUGUCAUUGUUUUACGAGAUUUACCAAAAAAAAAGUCCUAAUUUGGGGUUAAUCAGUUGAAGAAACAUUCCAAGCGUUGAGGCCAACAAAGAAUGAGAGCACUUUUGCUUGAGUAGGAAAAGUUUCAUGAUCAAUCUACUGGAUAAACACAUCGAUUGGGCCAAAGUCCUCCUUGAUGUGGCACAAAGCUGAACUGUUUUACCCUCUUUUUUUUUUUUUUUUAGUAACAAGCCUCCUCUUUCAAAACAUGAGCGAUCAAUCAAAGGUCCUUAAUCCUAUCAGGGCAGCUUUACAGCUACCUGGAAACAUCGCUCCCUCCCUGCUUGAGGAGCACAAAAAGUGCACCCGGGCCAUCAUUUCAUAACCCGGGACACGUUGAAAUGACCUCAUCGAGUGUACGUGUCAGAGAUGUAUGUAAGAAGCAAAUAAACGGGAGUUCACCGUGAUCACUUUAGUUUUUGUGUCACCGUGUCAUUGUUAGGCAAGGAACGAACCUAAGCAACCCGCCCGCAAGACUUAGCGGCAACAAGCGCUCCUUCUUAGUCACAUAUCGUGCAAGGAUCUCUCAGGCCCAAAGCUGGAUGAGCCUGCAGGAAAGAGGAUAAGGGGAUUGCUUCUGAUCCAACCCCCCCCCCCGACUCAACUGUGUCUGGAUCUGCUUGACAUCCCCACGCGCUCUGCCUGCGUCUUCAAGCUGUCCUUGUGCGCCUCAACUCACCUAAUACUCUUAAUUCUUACAAGGAACUAUUUUGUUACUCAUUUUUUGUAAAGGCAAUUUUAGGAGUGGUAAUAUCACAUGGAAAAUUGCGCGAUAUUUUUCCAAAAUAUGUCCUAGUUUCGAGAAGAAAAGUUGUAAAAAUACCCGGAAAAGAUUCGGAAUUAAAAAAAAAAAAAUUGUCGUAUUAUGAGGCAAAACAAUAACAUUGUUACAAUGCAAGAAAAAAAAUCCUAGUUUGAGUAGAUAAAAUUGUGAUGAUAUCACAAAUAUUUGUAAUUUUUUGAGAAUAGAUGUGCUGUACUAAAAGGAAAAAAAUUGAGUGAAAACAUGUUGCAAUUGAUCAAGGUAAAAAUAGUAAUGAAAAUAGCACCUGAUUUUAACACAAAAAUUCCCUAAUUUCAGGAAUAAAAGUUGGAAAAAUACAACAAAAAAGUCAAAAAUAAAAAAAAAAAAAUUGUCAUAUUAUGAGGCAAGACAUAUUUUAAUGGGGAAAUGCUGCAAAAUCAUACAACAAUAAAAUUGUUACAUAACAAAAACAACUGCAUGUAUUUUAAACCAAAAAAUCCUAAUUUGAGUAAAUAAAGUUGUGAUAAUAUCAUAAAUAUUUGUAAUUUUUUGAAAAUAGAUGUGCUGUACUAAAAAGGGGG